UCGUCAAAGCGGGGGUUGCGCUGCAGCAGCGCUUGCAUCCAGCUCCGGGCUGAGCGAGGCGGGAUCAUAUUACACCGGAAACGGAGUGAGAGAGUGAGAGCGAGCGAGAGAGAGAUUAUCGAGGAAUCUCUUACCAGCAAAGUUCUCAGCAAAGCAAACAUUGUUUUUUUUUUUUUUUUUUUUUUUUUUUUCCCCUUCUUCUUCGUUACAGGUCGUGGUUGAAUGUGUAAGACAAUUUGGUGUACACAGAUAUGACGCUACCACUGGCGCCUCCUCAGUCAUUGGAGUGAUGAAGUUGUACAAGCUAAGUCAUGGGACUUCAUAUUCGUGUGAAGCAAUGCAUUCGUUUGUAAAGAGAGGCGCAGAGGUAGAUAUAGACAAUCAAACUAGGAUUGGAGUGAAUUUUUAAUAAGCAUCAGAGCUAGGGGGAGGUUCAAAGCUCAAGAUGAUGGGUUCGUUGCCAACCAUGACUUCAGAUUCUGAGCCCCUUGUGCACCCAAGAAACUGGGAUGAAAAUGGCGCCAAAACCACUGGGCGACACUUUUAUGAGGAUGAAGACGAAAGGACGUAUGAAAAAUCAGAGCUAGUACACGUUGCUUUUGGUGAAGAACCGGAUGUUGAUGAAGAAGGAGCGGAUCGAGAUUUUCUUCCCAGAUUUUCAUGGAAAAAACUCUGGAUGUUUGCUGGUCCUGGAUUUCUGAUGAGCAUCGCAUACCUUGAUCCAGGCAACAUUGAAAGUGAUCUACAGUCGGGAGCAACAGCAGGAUACGCCCUCUUGUGGUUACUGAUGUGGGCCACAGUCAUGGGACUUUUUACCCAAAAACUUGCCGCGAGGCUUGGAGUUGCAACAGGUAGUCAUUUGGCAGAGCUGUGCAGGGAGGAGUAUCCUGUAUGGGCUCGCAUGGUACUGUGGAUCAUGACAGAGAUUGCUAUUAUUGGUGCCGAUGUUCAACAAGUUAUUGGGAGUGCCAUCGCCUUCAGGAUUCUUUCAAAUGGUUGGAUACCCCUUUGGGCUGGUGUGCUAAUAACCGGGGUCGAUGGGUUCUUGUUCCUCUUUUUGGAAAAUUUUGGCGUUAGGAAAUUGGAGCUUUUGUUUUGUAUAUUUAUUGGAAUUAUGGCACUUUCGUUUGCUUGGAUGUUUGGUGAGACCAAUCCAGAUGUCAAAGCCGUUGCUUCUGGUCUCAUCUUUCCGUCAGUGCCUAGAACCGCAGUGGAUAAGGCUGUGGGGAUCGUGGGGGCUGUCAUCAUGCCACAUAAUAUAUUUCUGCAUUCCGCCCUUGUCCAAUCACGGGACAUAGACAUCUCUAAGAAGAGUCGCGUGCGUGAAGCUCUGCGUUAUUAUAAUAUCGAGUCAUCAGUCGCCCUUUUUAUCACUUUCUUGAUCAACCUUUGUAUCAUGGCUAUUUUCGCCAAGGCCUUUCAUGGGAAGGAAGAAGCAGGAGUUAUAGGGCUUGCAAAUGCUGGAGAGUAUCUCCAGAAGAGAUACGGUGGUGGUUUCUUUCCAAUUUUAUACAUAUGGGCAAUUGGGUUGCUAGCUGCUGGUCAGAGCAGCACAAUGACUGGCACAUAUACUGGUCAAUUUGUAAUGACUGGUUUUCUUAACUUGCGUGUCAAGAAGUGGAUUCGAGUGCUGGUUACGCGAGCUGUUGCAAUUGUUCCGACAAUCAUAGUGGCUCUUAUAUUUGACAGCUCAGCUAACGAGCUGGAUAAUCUGAGCGAAUGGCUAAACGUUCUGCAAUCUAUUCAACUGCCAUUUGCUCUUAUCCCGCUACUCUGCUUAGUCUCCAACGCACGAGUCAUGGGUGUUUUUGUUAUCACCAAAGUUACGAAGGUGAUAGCUUGGACCAUUGCAGUGUUGGUAAUUAGUAUCAAUAUGUACCUGUUGUUAGUAACAGUAUUAAGCCGCCUCGCGAACUCUACACCGAUUAUAGUGAUCUUAACUGUAAUCAUUCUUUUUUAUGUGUGCUUCGUAAUUUACUUGGUACUAGAUCCUGCACAAGAGGACGGGAACUGGGUGUACUUCAAGCGGACAUUUCUUUCAUCUAGGUUUGAAAACAGUAGAGUAAUGCAAAUGGGAGAGCAAGAGCUUGUGAGCCCUGAUUAUGGAGACCGGGAAGUCAUCACUUUGAAUUCCGCGAAGGACAGCGACGUUGCAACUCUAGUGUCAAGUGCUAGGACAUCGUAGACAAGGAAACUUGAUUUGAAGGCUGAAUGAUUGUACUAACAAUACUUUGUUUUCCUUUGAAGGUAAACAAUCUGUGCAAUAGUUAUUUACAUCCACGGUACAGGAGUUCUCUUAGUUGACAUGAGUUGCUCAGAGUUUGUACGCUCGCUUUCUGGAGAACCCCUUUCCAAGUACGCCCUGCCAUUUGGACAGCGGUGUUACUUCGAGGAUUCUUUGGCAAUAGUUCUGAUUCUAUAACCAAAUCCCUUCUUUUCUUAUGGAGAUAGAAUAGAGAUCUAUAUCUUGAUUUUUCUAGUGACUUUUUUGAGUAAAAAUUGUGCACAAUCACCGAUGCUUGCCUUCGCAUGGAAGGUUUGUGAGAA